AAACAUUUAUUAUUAUUAUUACUAUUUAUGUGUCAUUUAGUUGUUAUAAAUAAUAUAUUUAUCGAUAAAUUUGUGGUCAAAUUGUAGUGACAUUUAUACGGCUAUUAUGAGCGGACAGUCAGACAACUAUCUGGAGAUAAAUGACAGUAAAAGAAAUGAUAGACUCUUUGAGUCGGUGUUUAAACGGAUCUUAUCAGAUGACAAAUGGUUGCGAACUGAGACACAACAAGAAAUUGAAGACUCAAAGGAUCCGGCAUUUUGUUUGAAGACCAGAGACCUGACGACCGGAGAGAAAAUAUUUAUUAAUUUUUGUCAUUCAUCGAUGAUGAAGACUCCGACGUUAGACUUAAAUGAAGAAGAAUUACAACAAUUGUUGGCCACCGAAGAAGCCGACAGUUUCACAAUUCCACUCAUUUUAACACAAUUUAAACCAUCGUUAGAUAAGAGCGGAUCCAAAGCACAAGUGUUAGAUGUUAUUAUAAAUACAGAGUUUUAUAAAAAUAAGAUUAGAAAUAGCAAACUAUUUCAGACAUUUUUAAUUACUGUUACUUUAGAGACAAUUGAAAGCAAACAUAAAAUACAAAUCGAGAAAAAUAAUUGGAUUUUACUUAAAAACAAAAAAUAUCAGAAAAUUAGUAAUAAAAUGGAUAUUAAUUACGAUAAAAUAGGUGAUGAAAUUAAUGAUUUGAGUGCUCUCUUAAAUAGUAAUGUUAUUAAUAAUGGUAAUGAAAUUGAUGAUAACAAACAAUUAAAUUAUGAAUUUGUUAAAACUAGUGUUAAUAAUAAUAAACUCAUUCAAUAUGUUAAUAAUACAAAUAAAAGUGAAGACAUUGGCCACAAAUCCGAUACCACAAAAGACAGUGGUUAUAAACGACCGAAAACUAAAAUCAUUGGCAAUAAUAAUAGCCAUAAUGAAGAUGAAUUUGAAUCAAACGAUUAUCAUCUUAGAGACAACUUAUCGAUGCCAACAAUAACAACAACAUUAAAUCCAAGAUAUAAAUUAUCAUUGAAUGUGUUUGACAAUUGUCUUGAGGCACAUGUGAUGUUGUCCUCUAUAGUCAAAACAAAGCAAAUUGUAUUAGACAUUGGAGAAGACCGUAUUGUUUUGAAUGCAGACAAAUACCAAUUAGACAUAUUUGUGCCCAUUUUGAUUCAUACGAGUCAUAUGUCGGCCACUUUUGAUGGAUUCACUCAUAUAUUAAAGAUAAAAAUGCCAAUUAUUUAUUGAAAUUUUUGUUUGUUUACCAAUUGAUAAUUG